CUUGGACUCUGUGUUCAGCCAGGCGCCUUGCUCCCUCCAGCACCAUGCCUUACAACUGCUGCCUGCCCAACCUGAGCUGCCGCUCCACCUGCUCCUCCCGGCCCUGCGUGCCCCCCAGCUGCCACACCUGCACCCUGCCCGGGGCCUGCAACAUCCCCGCCAACGUGGGCAACUGCGGCUGGUUCUGCGAGGGCUCCUUCAAUGGCAGCGAGAAGGAGACCAUGCAGUUCCUGAACGACCGCCUGGCCAGCUACCUGGAGAAGGUGCGCCAGCUGGAGCGUGAGAACGCGGAGCUGGAGAGCCGCAUCCGGGAGUGGUGCCAGCAGCAGGAGCCCUAUGUGUGCCCCAGCUACCAGUCCUACUUCCGGACCAUCGAGGAGCUCCAGCAGAAGAUUCUGUGUGCCAAGUCUGAGAACGCCAGGCUGGUGGUGCAGAUCGACAACGCCAAGUUGGCCGCGGAUGACUUCAGAACCAAGUACGAGACGGAGCUGGGCUUGCGGCAGCUGGUGGAGUCAGACAUCAAUGGCCUGCGCAGGAUCCUGGAUGAGCUGACCCUGUGCAAGUCUGACCUGGAGGCCCAGGUGGAGUCUCUGAAGGAGGAGCUGCUGUGCCUCAAGAGGAACCACGAGGAGGAAGUCAACACCCUGCGCUGCCAGAUCGGAGACCGCCUCAACGUGGAGGUGGACGCAGCCCCUGCUGUGGACCUGAACCGCGUGCUCAAUGAGACCAGGAGUCAGUAUGAGGCCCUGGUGGAAACCAACCGCAGGGACGUGGAGGAAUGGUUCACCACCCAGACCGAGGAGCUGAACAAGCAGGUGGUGUCCAGCUCGGAGCAGCUGCAGACCUGCCAGGCGGAGAUCAUCGAGCUGAGACGCACGGUCAACGCCCUGGAGAUCGAGCUGCAGGCCCAGCAUAACCUGAGGGACUCCCUGGAGAACACGCUGACGGAGACCGAGGCACGCUACAGCUCCCAGCUGGCCCAGGUGCAGUGCCUAAUUGGCAACGUGGAGUCCCAGCUGGCUGAGAUCAGGAGCGACCUGGAGCGGCAGAACCAGGAGUACCAGGUGCUGCUGGACGUGCGGGCCCGGCUGGAGUGCGAGAUCAACACGUACCGGGGCCUGCUGGAGAGCGAGGACUGCAAGCUGCCCUGCAACCCUUGUGCCACAACGAAUGCAUGCGGAUCUGCCGGGUCCUGUGUCUCUAAUUCCUGCGCCCCCUGCACGCCCUGUGUUCCCCGCCCACGCUGUGGGCCCUGCAACUCCUUCGUGCGCUAGAGCCCGGGGCUGCCAGAGGAGCAAGGAGGCAGGGCCCAAGGUUCCAGAGCUUUGACCCGGCACUGGUUCAUUCGACAAAACUGGGCAGAAAACACAGUUUGCAUGGCUGAAGCUGCCCCAGUAAGGCAUCCAUGAAACUCAGCCCACCUACUGCAGACCUUCACUGGGGUCUGUUCCUUUUUCACUUGCCCAGGGAACCCUCGGAAGUGCCAGGGCGUUCCUUUGUAACCUGCUAAUAAACUUGAUUUCCCUGGCAAAGCAGA